AUGGUGCAGCGCUCUGCUUCAAAGUUGGAUUCAGAUGGUUUGAAACAGUUCGAAACGGUCAUCGAGCAACGGGCUGCGCAGAGUGGCAAAUCGCUGAUCAAGUACUCGGAGGAGAAGAACACGCAGAAGGCGACGCUGGACAAGAAGAGGGUCACAGAGUACGUUGACUUCAUCAAGGCUAUUCAGGACGCCGUCCCGAAUAUGAGCAUCACUAGCGGCGACGCGAAGAAGUGCCUAGGGAGCGUCUUCGACAACCACAAAGCAGAUUGGAACGUGAAGGAUGCGCACCGAGAGGAUUGGAUCAACACAAUGGAGCUCCGCAUUCGAAAUCUCUGCGCUAGUGUCAAAAAAGCAACAUCUGUCAAAAAACCUGCGAAGUGGCUGGUCGACUUGGGACUCGCGACCUCACCUUGCCCCACCGCCGACGACGAGGACGAUGAUGAGAGCGGCACGGGCAAGGAUGACUACACUGUCGUUAAGGGCAAGGCAAAAGAAGAGUUGUCUCUACCGAUCAAUACUUCUAACGUUGCGAAGCUCAGCUCGGACGACCCGAUUGUUGCAGAAUGGCACGACGGCUAUACCAAGGAGAUCAACGACAUGACCAAGGAGCGCUGGGAGAACCUGACAAAGGCAAGCCACGCGAAGUCUGGCGAAGGCCCCCUCUGGGAAGAAGAGUCCAGCAUAACCCGCAACAAACUGUACAUCGACCAGAGGGUCGACAGGCACUUAUUAAUGUCAUUAUACGAGCAAGGUUCACAGAUUCUCAUGAUGCGCCUGGACACGUUUGCGGACUUGAAGGGCCGCAACCAGAGGCUUCCGAACAACCACGAGGCCGUGUUGACAGGCCUCUCCAUCAUGAAGCCGAUCGCUGAGCAGUACCGCACGGGCAACAUCAAGCAGGGUGACAGGACGGCGCUCAGGGAGGCGAGAAAUAAAGCCAUCACCGAGUGGAAGAGCAAGGGCGAGCUCAAGAAGGUGCACGGCAAGGACAGCUCCACGGUGACCAGCCCCACGAAGACGGAGGGGCGCGACAGCCACGUCGCCCUGAAGAGGCCUGCUGCCAGUGAGGACGCAGCCACUCCUCCAUCAAAGCGGAGGCCUGCUGCGUCAACGCCGAAGUGCGGUGACGCCGCCAUUCCCCAGAAGCCAAUUGCGCCAUCCGCAUCUGCUUCCUCUGAGGCGCACCUUGCGGCAAUGACCGCGUGGCUGGGGUCAGCAGCUGACUGCGGCCCCCCGAGGCGCUCGUGUGCCCAGAUCUUCCAAGAUGCGGAGCACUCCGCUUCCGAUUAG